CAAACGACCGAUAGGGCAAUGCUGGCACUAACAUCAUCGGCGUGAAGCGCGGGAAACUGAACGGAACUUCAGACGACAAGAUCGUGGCUGUGGGGGCGCAUUACGACACCGUGUACAACUCUCCAGGUGUUGAUGACGAUGGAUCCGGUAUGGCGGCCAUGUUGGAAAUCGCCAGGGUGAUGACGUCAUCUAACGAGCAGAACUUCACCACCAUAUUUGUGGCGUUUGACCACGAAGAAAAUGCACCCCCCGCAAAUGUUGCUAUCGGUACCCCAUGUGAAACACCUCAGGGUUCAGACGACUUUGUCUGCUCCUGGCUCCUCCCCUUCCUCCAGUCUUCAGGAGGUGCAGAAUUCCAGGGAAUCUUCAUGUUGGAGACCAUCAUGAACUAUGACCCACAGCCGAACGUCCAAACAGUUCCUGAACCCCAAUUGUUCCCAUUUUUUUUCCCAAGUGUUCACCAAGAGUUGGUUGACUUAAAUUUCUCGGGAGGUUUCCUGCUUUUGAUCCACAAGCCGGACGAGACUGCGAUGGUGUCCGCGUUUCAGCAGACCUGGGAGGACAGGUCGAAAUCUCCCGUGGCCGCUCCCGCCUUGAACAUAAAUGUUCCAGUGUCUGGCAAACCAGAUCAGCCGACGACUGACAGGUACUACGAAUUCCUGGGCAGAAGCGACUGCUUGGCAUUCUGGGUCCGAGACCCCUACUUCCGGUGCAUCUUUGUGACAGACACAGCUAAUUACCGAGGAACCAUGCGGCAGUGUUACCACAAACCAUGUGACAAUGUCACCAGCAUCACUGACGAGAAGUUGACCUUCCUGGCCAAGGUCACGGACUCUGUACUGCAGACGACCAUGAAGCUGGCUCAAGUCAACCUGGAGUCUUCCUCAUCAGGAAAGCAACAAGCAUCGACAAUGACAAUGUACACAACACAAAACAACUUGAGUGUGACGUCAUCGUGUGCGGUGGGCCUUGGUGUGAGUUCCAUGACGUCACUGAUGUGUCUCGCCACAGCGUGUAUCCUGGCCGCUCUGUUUCACUUCUGAAGCGCCUGGCAUGACGUCAGUGGACGGGUCCACUACCGCCAGAGUCAGAAUAUAGGGACUCAGGCAAAUAUUACGAUAAUGUUGUGUUUCAUAUAUGUUAAACACAGGAUAGA